GGUUUUUCAGCACCGUGGACAGCUCCUCCGUCUCUCUGUCUCUGGACUGAAGCGCAGCUGGAUGAUAUUUUCCACAAACCCUCCUCGCGUCCACCCGCAGAUUCACCCCCAGCUCGCGCCCGCCGACGCGCAACACCUCCUUCCUCCUUCCUUCCUCCUUCCUCGAUGGUUGACUUGUCUCGCUUUCCGGCCUGACUGUGGAGUCACACCGCGUUUAACUGCAUUGCCUCUGCGUCUCCCAGCCUGUUUCCCCCCCCACCCCCACCCCCACCACCUCCUUUCUCUUCUUCCUGUUACUGGCAACCACUGUGCUGUGAAAGUGCUUUCGGAGAGAGAGAGAGAGAGAGAGAGAGAGAGAGAGAGAGGAGGGGGAGAGAAGAGUGGAUUGACCGGCUCCAAGUUCCUCUUCUUUCCAUCUCCCCCCCGCUCGCUUCCCCCUGGUUAUGUUGAGGAGGUGCGGGAUCUCUCUCCGAGCCCGGGAGCGGAUGUGACUUGAGGAUGCAGCAGGAGGAUGAAGUUGAGUAGUUUCAGCAGCGAUGCUUCUGAUAUGAGAUAGGCGACCCGCAUCUGCAACGUUGGCUGUAAUCCUCGCGUCAGGACGCCUUGUUAUUUCCCGCGGACAGGCAGCCAGAGAGCAAGAUGAGGUGCCUCUGUGACUUUUUAAAUUGCACCUAAGGGAGAGACAGAGAGAGUGGUGGCUCUGUUUUCUUUCUUUCUUUCUUUCUUUCUUUUUUUUUUGUUUGUUUUGUUUGUUUGUCUGCAGGAAGCGACGUGUGCUUUCCUCGCAGCCUUGCGGAACUCUGGGAACAACACAGAAAGCAGAGUUGUUCGUCUUGACUCUCUGUCCCUCAGCUUAAAAGAACACACACACACACAAGCGAGGUAGUAACAUGAAGAAGUUUCGGAAGGUGUUGGACGGUCUGACCACCUCCUCCCCGGGAGGGACUAUGGGAUCUCCAUCGUGCGGCAGCGCGGCCGGGACUCCCACCGCGGCGCCAACUCCCAAAGAGAUCGACGUCCAGGAGACGCUGGUGUCGGAAAACUUUCAGCUGUGUAAGACGGUGCGUCAUGGUUUCCCUUACCAGCCAACUGCUUUGGCCUUUGAUCCUGUGCAGAAGAUCCUGGCCAUCGGCUCCAGAUCAGGCGGUGUGCGGAUACUUGGACGACCGGGGGUAGAUUGCUACUGUCAGCAUGAGAGUGGAGCGGCUGUUCUUCAGCUGCAGUUCCUCGUCAAUGAGGGGGCGCUGGUCACAGCCUGUGCAGAUGACACGCUACAUUUGUGGAACCUCCGUCAGAGGCGGCCGGCUGUCCUUCAUUCGCUCAAGUUCAACAGAGAGAGGAUCACGUUUUGCCACCUUCCCUUUCAGAGUAAAUGGCUGUACGUGGGGACAGAGCGUGGAAACACACACAUCGUCAACAUCGAGUCCUUCAUUUUGUCUGGAUACGUCAUCAUGUGGAACAAGGCCAUAGAACUAUCAACUAAAACUCAUCCAGGACCUGUGGUUCACUUGAGCGACAGCCCAAAGGAUGAAGGCAAGCUCCUUAUAGGGUUUGAGAGUGGGACAAUCGUACAGUGGGACCUCCGGGUCAAGAAGGCUGACUUCAGAAUCUACUAUGACGAGGCCAUCCAUUCAGUCGGCUGGCACCAUGAAGGGAAGCAGUUCAUGUGCAGUCACUCAGACGGCAGCCUGACGAUGUGGAACCUCAGAAACACCACCAAGCCAUUCCAGGUCACCUUCCCUCAUGGAAAGAUACAGAAGGAUGGGAGAAAGGAGUCAUGCAAACCCAUACUCAAAGUGGAGUACAAGACUUGUAGGAACAGUGAGCCUUUUAUUAUCUUCUCUGGAGGUCUUUCAUAUGACAAGGCAGGACGGCGGCCAACAUUAACCAUCAUGCACGGCAAGGCCAUCACUGUGCUGGAGAUGGACUAUCCUAUUGUAGAGUUUAUGGCGCUCUGCGAGACUCCUUACAAUAACGAGGUCCAGGAGCCUUAUGCAGUGGUGGUGCUUUUGGAGAAGGACUUGAUCGUGGUGGAUCUCACACAGAGCAACUUCCCUGUCUUUGAGAACCCGUACCCCAUGGACAUCCACGAGUCUCCGGUUACCUGUACAGCAUAUUUUGCAGAGUGCCCGCCAGACAUCAUCCCCAUCCUCUACUCUAUAGGAGCUAAACACAAAAAGACCGGCUACAGCCAAAAGGAGUGGCCAAUCGCUGGAGGAACAUGGACGUUAGGCUCCCAUACCUACCCAGAGAUUAUCAUCACAGGACAUGCUGACGGAUCUAUUAAGUUUUGGGAUGCAUCUGCAAUCACACUACAGAUGUUGUACAAGCUGAAGACCUCCAAAGCGUUUGAGAAGCCAAAGCAAGGUGAAGGCCGGGCGGCUGAGUUGGUGGAGGAAGACCCCUUCGCUGUUCAAAUGGUCAGCUGGUGCCCUCAGAGUCGCAUCUUCUGUGUGGUCGGCAUUUCAGCCCACAUCAUCCUGUAUCGCUUCAGCAAAUAUGAUGCCAACACUCAGAUAGUGUCAUUAGAGGUGCGCCUACAAUGCGAGUCAGAAGAUGUCAUCUCUCCGUCCGAGAAUGAGAACAAUCCCUGCUUCACAGAGUCCAGCUCCCACUCACCCCAGCCCCACCAACAACAUCCACCUAGCCCCGGCAGCAGGACGCCUGAGGGUAUCAAAGACAGCAUCCCCUGCCUUAAAGUGAAAGACCGGAUGGUUCGGGUCCCUCCCGGCUACCAGGCAGAGCUGGUUAUCCAGCUGCUGUGGGUAGAUGGAGAACCUCCACAACAGAUCACCAGCCUGGAUGUCAACUCUGCCUAUGGCCUUUUGGCGUUUGGGAACUGUAAUGGCCUAGCGGUAGUGGACUACAUGCAGAAAACCAUCCUGUUGUGUGUGUCCACUCUGGAUCUGUAUGGAGCCGCCGACCCCUACCAGCGCCUUACCCGAUCCCCCCGCAGAAACAGACAGUCCACCUCAGAGUUUUGCAUGCGUGGCCUGUCUAACUUUUAUUCAGAUUCAAAGAAAAGGAUCCGUACAUCCUAUCAGAGCCUUACUGAACUCUCUGACAACCAGCAGUCCAUUGACAUGGAGAGAAGCAAGUCGCCCACCUCAGUUCAUUACCCAACCUCCCUUCACAAUGACCCACGCGUCCUGCCAGAGCCUGUGGCCAGUCUGAGAGCCAGCCACUGCAGUCCAGUCUUUUACUUGCUGGACAAUGUAAAGGGACCCGGCAGAAAGUUAAGUCUGCCAACAGAUCUUAAGACUGAUCUUGAUCAUGUCAAUGGACAUUGCACUAGCCCCACCUCCCAGCCGUGCUCGGCGGGGAAGCCUCGCGUCCCGAUGGGUCCUGAGGGGCCGCGGCUUACACGCAGAGGCCCUGGCCGACCGCCCUUCCGCAAGGCCCAGUCCGCUGCUUGCAUGGAGAUCUCUUUGCCUGUGUCCCACACUGAAGGUUAUGCAUCCAGGAGGGCAAUGCUUCAGCAGUUACAUGGAGUCACUAUGUACUCCCACGACGAGCACCACACCAGCGCCCCCUACUGCUGGAGUGAGAGAGAGAGCCGUGAAAACUCCUUCAGCCGCUCACGCAGCUCCAGUGUGUCCAGCAUCGACCGGGACACCAAAGAAGCUAUUACCACGCUGCAGUUCGGAGAGUCCUACGGUCGCAAGACUGACGCCGUGCCCACCCCAUGUCUGUGGGUGGGCACCAGCUUAGGCGUGGUGCUGCUCAUACCAAUGUCCAUUCCCACUGACCAGGAGGAGAGGAUGGAGGAACCUGUGACCAUUGGCCCCAGUGGAGCAGUGCUGAUGCUGAAGGGCUCGGUUUUACGCUUCAGCUUCCUGGACUGCAUGGGAGCGCUCCUUCAGAGCCCCUACGAGGUUUGGCGAGACCCCAACGCCCCUGAGGAUCCUGACAGACCACGGAAACGCAAGCUGGUCCACUUUUCACCGUCAUCCUCUCAGGACACCUGCGGAGACGGACAUCUAGCUGUGGUGUGCUCAGAGAGGCAGGCCAAAGUCUUCUUGCUGCCCUCACAGUCUUGCCUGUUUGUCCACAACAUCACAGAAUCAUCCUUUGUGCUGCGAGCCGACGUGGUGUCCGUGUCUAACAGUGUGUGCCUCGCCUGCUUCUGCGCUAACGGACAUGUCAUGACACUCAGUUUGCCCAGUCUAAGACCGCUGAUGGAUAUCAAUUACCUGCCUCUGACAGACAUGCGCAUUGCGAGAACCUUUUGCUUUACCAACGGGGGGCAGGCACUAUACCUCAGCUCCCCGACAGAGAUCCAGAGAAUUACAUACAGCCAGGAGAUGUGUGACAACCUGCAGGAGAUGCUGGGAGAGCUGUUUACACCGAUAGAAACACCAGAAGCCCAGAACAGAGGCUUCCUAAAGGGCUUCUUUGGAGGAAAUGCCAAUACCUUCGACAGAGAGGAGCUCUUUGGUGAAGCAGCAGCUGGGAAGGCUUCUCGGAGUUUGGCCCAGCACAUCCCCGGGCAAGGUGGAAUGGAGGGUAUGAAGGUGGCAGCUAGCGGAGUAGUGGGUGAUCUGGCAAGGGCUCGCAUUGCUCUGGAUGAGAGAGGCCAAAGGCUCGGAGAGCUGGAGGAACGAACAGCCCUGAUGAUGACCAGUGCAGAAACCUUCUCCAAACAUGCUCAUGAGCUGAUGUUAAAGUGCAAGGACAAGAAGUGGUACCAGUUCUAAUAGCAGGACAGAGGGCGGAGGCUGCCCUUGGACUUCUGGGAACUUCACGCCGGGACACGGACUUUCACUCUACAAAUGAGGGCAAUUAAAAGAGAGACUCAAGAGUGACUUUGCCUUUUAAGGCUUCUGGACUGGCUAUAUGUACGGCACUGUCACAUUGUUGAAGGACGAGGACGAACUCAGUCCUCAACUAGACAUGUAGAGGAGAGAAAGAGAGUGGCGGCUUUUGAAGGACUGAAGAUGGAACUAGAAAUAUCCGACAAGUCUGUCUGUGUGUAUUCGUGUGUAUGUGUGUGUGUGCGUUUGAGUGUGUGGUUGGGUUUUCUGGACCUCACUGUGUAGAUACUCAAAAGUUAAAGAAACCAACAAGAAAUGCAUGAAAACAAAAUGGAUGACUAUUAAAAAUAUCCAACUGCCAUACUAAAAAGCAGCAUGCUACUUUAACAGGAGAUACAAAAUAAAAAAAAGUUUUAUUUAAAGAUGUAAGCCAACAACAGAGACAAUGAAAUACUUUAUAUUUUUUGAAAUAUUGACAAAAAACUAUAUAUAAAAAGGGAAAUGUAUACCUGCAUUGCUAUUAAGCCAAAACUUGUGUUACUUUCCCUUUUUUCUAUUUUUAUUUUUUGUUUAUUUACAUUUCUUUUCUUAGUCUCAGCAAAUAUUACUUGCCACGAUAUAGAAACACGUAGUUAGCUUUCUCUUCACACACUUAAAACAACGCUAAAACCUAUAUUCUUACCAAUUACUCUGGGCUGCACAGUGCAAACACAAAUCCGUAGUAUUUACACUUACCUCUGCACAGUCUAAACACAUUGAUUUAAGUUCACUUUUUCGGCUGCUGCAACUUACAGAAGCAUUAUUAAACGAUGACGAGGAAUAUCUCACCCCCCAAUGACAGUUGUAUGAAAACAGGGAGCAGAUUAGUGUGAGGCGUGUAGAAAGAUUUAAUUCUGGACACAGUGUGUUUAUAUCUACAGUAUGAACCUAUAUACUAUUCAUGUGCCAUAAAAAAAAACAAAACAAGGUGAGUGAACCCACUUGCUGUAAACUAACUAACAAAGAGCUAAUAUGUGGUAGUCAUCAUUUGUUUCCUGUUUGAUCUGAACAGGUGAGACAUGGAGUUGGCAAUCGAGGGCAUUUAUCAAUGUCAAAUAAGUCUGUUUUCUUUAUGAAAAAAUACACGUAAGAGGGUGUUUUUUUAGAUUUAUUUGUUUACUCCUUUGGGGUUGUUGCCGGUUCACCAUUUGAGUCUUUAGCUGCCUUUGUCAGAAGUUUAGUGAGCCAUUAGGUUGUGUGUGCGUGUGUGUGUGCGAGAGAAAGAGUGCCACAAAUGUUAAAUAAGCGGACUCUUUCUCUACCAAAGCAAUCAAAAAUGAAUGAUACCCUCCCAGUUCUUUACACGUUUUCACCCAAGCGGCCCUCUGCUGUGAUCACCAACCAUUCCUCGAAAGAUUGUCACUGUCGUUGUGAGUACGAAGCGGAGAAUCACACCCAUUUAAUCGCUAUCAACAAACGGUUCAGGAGAAGUAACAGUAUUUAUUCUUUUUCUUUCAGUGAUGUUCAGAUGUGAGUCAGUGAAGAAACUAUGUACAUGUGUAAAACAUUCGCAAACAAUUUCAACUGAAGGCAAAUAAUGUUCUCUUUUUUCGUUCAAUAUUGUUCUUGAUGACUAUGAUAUCCUCUCGUCGCAGUCCUAUAUUUGAUGGUGAUGGCCUCUCAACUGAAGGCUCUUGUGUGUUAAAAACAACAAAAUGUUUCAUGAUACAUGGUUGUGUAUCAUAUUGUGAUUGUGUUGUACAUGUCAAUGGGUAGCCACAUGACGCAGGCAAACAGCAUUAACUGAGGAGGAUAUUUUGUACUUGUGUAUCUGUCUGUACUUUGAAUCGAUCUGAAAAACCAAACAGAGGAUUAUUGAUGUCCAUCUUGCACACAUCGGGCCUUUACCAACACGAGCAUUAAUGCAUAUGAAGCAUCACUCCCACAUAGAAUAUGCACAGCGACACAUGCGCUAAAAAUAAAAAAGAUUCAAACUAAAAUUGCGAGCCAUCUCUGCCUGCUUCCUGUCAGGCUGCUGAGGCAUUCCUUGGUCAUACCUUUAAACCCCAUUUAUUUUCACCAAACUCAACGCCCUGAAGUCCUGAGGCUGUGAUUUCAGGAGUUACAUGUGAAUUGAUUCAAUGAGGUGUCUUAAACAUGUCGAGAAAAAAAAAAAAAGUCAAAAAACUUAUUUCUCUCAUAUCUCUGUACCGUCAAUGAGAUUUGUGUUCAGUGCAGUACUUUCAAUAGCAGAGAAAACACACAAAAAAACAAAAACCAAAAGAAAAUUGAAAAAAAAAAAAAAAUCUGACUUCUACUGACAGGGUGUUUUGUUUGUAUGUUUUUGGUUUGUAUGUUUUUGGUUUUUAUAUUAACUGUACAGUUCAAUCUUGGGAGAAAGGUGAAACAAAAAAACAAAAGAUAAAGACAUUCUUGGGAUAUCUUUCUCUGUAUAUGUUGUACCUGUUACUGCUGGUACUGUAUCUGGUAUUCUGGCUCUGUCUAAAUCACUGGAACUCUGUAGUUCUUCACACUAGUAUCCUGAAAAAGCAUUUCUCUGGUUUUCUCAAUGAUGGCAGCAAAGUUUGUCUUAUUUAAAUGGAUUCUACCACUUUUUGUUCUUAUUGAUAUUAUACUAGUGUAAUAGAAAUUACUUGACAAAAAAGAACUGAAAAUAUGUUGAUGCAAAAGCAAACUGAAAUAAACAUUGAUUGAUGUACACA